CAUCACAGAGGUUUAGUAAUAUGGAGUUAGAUGUAAUACGAUUGUUUGUAUUCAUUAUUUUAAUUGUAACGUCAGAAGGAAGAAGACGUCACCGACAAUCCCGCGAAGCAGCCAUUUACCAACAACCAGGACAAUAUGUUUCCCCAAUAAUAGUUGCAGCUCCUCGAUCACAAGUAGGAGUGGUAAAGGGAAUAGUAGCUCUUGUAUGCAAUGCAACUGGCAAUCCACGACCAGAUAUAAUCUGGGAAAAGGAUGGAAAAGUCAUACCGAUGUCAAAGUCAAGAUAUCAUAUCAAUAAAUACAAGUCUGACAAUGGAUCUGGUUCUGUCCUGUGGAUUGAAUUUGCUCGUAAAAAGAAGGACAAAGGAAGAUAUGUGUGUGUUGCUACUAAUAGGUUGGGUUCUGUGAGGGAGUAUGCACAAGUCAACUUUUAUGAUGAAAAAUCAACACCCAUUGGGUUUCCACACAUUGAUAUUGAACCAACAGUUAAAACAGUGGAACGUGCUCAUGCCAUGUCCAUGGAAUGUGUAAUUGGAGGCUCUCCAAAGCCAACUGUUGCUUGGUACCGAAAGCGGGUGCCAAUCUAUCUCAAUGGGUCAAGAAUCAGAAUGGAUCCAACAACAGGAUCCCUAAUAAUAACAAAGAGCAUCGAUGCAGAUGAAGCAAAAUAUCACUGUUCCGGUGAAAAUAUUCAUGGAAUUGUGUUUUCAGAAGGAGCGAGUAUUUAUGUUAAAGUUCGUCCAAAAAGACUAGCAUAUCCUCGAUUCUCCAUUCCUCCUCGCAAAAGUUAUGAUGUUAAGAUGAACGCUGCAUUCAACUUGAGUUGCGUAGCUGUUGGGUCGCCGAUGCCUGUGGUCAAGUGGCAGAAACAUACUGCAGGUGGUUUGGUUGAUGUGUGGCCACAACAGGGGAUGGUGCCCGUGAUUGGUGCCCUUGAUUAUCACAUACCCCAUGUCAGAGAAUCAGCAAAUUAUACAUGCGUGGCAAAGUCACGUAUCAGCACCAUAACUGCCACUACUGAAGUCCGUGUGAAAGCUGUACCAUUGCCACCAGUUGAUCUUCAGGAAUACAAUGAGGCAACAUCUACAACAUUGUCCAUCUCCUGGAGAUCUGGAGAUGCCGCAUCUGUAACAAGUUACACUGUAUAUUAUAAGAUAAGAGAUGAACAAGAGUUUCAACAAUCUGAUAAAGUGUCAUCAGAGAGUUUCACAAUUACUAGUCUUCAACCGUACACUGAAUAUGAACUAAGAUUGUCUGCAACAAACCAGCAAGGGCAGGGGAACAAGAGUCAACCACUUUUUCUUAGAACUGCUGAGGCUCCACCACAAGGACCUCCGCGUGACAUUUCUGCAUAUUUUUAUCAAACAAAAACAAUUAUGGUAAUUUGGAAAGAACCACAACAACCCAAUGGCGAGAUAAGGAAUUAUAAUGUUUACUAUACAAGCAACCCAAGCUCACCAGUCACAGAAUGGAUGGAAGUUCCUGUGCCAAGUGGACGUAGAUUGACUGCAUUGAGGGGACUUGCAGAUGAUGUUACUUACAGUAUUCGAGUGUCUGCUAUCAAUGGUGCUGGGGAAAGCCCCUAUUCUGAAAUUGCAGUUGUAAAGACAACGCACGGAGUUCCUCCACAACCUCGCAACUUUGAAGGAAAGGCUGAUUCCACAACCAGCAUUCAUCUCGCAUGGAAACGUCCAAGCUGGGGAGCUAACGGUCCUCCUGAGGGUUCUAGUUUUGACAUCACAAGUUACAUUCUAUUUUAUAACUGCAGUGGUUCAAUGUGUACGACAAGACCACGCCAAAUAACUUUUCCUCCUGCUGAAGAAUUUACAUUAAGUAGAUUACAUCCAAACACAUUAUACAAUGUCAAGUUGGCAGCUCAAACUGUUCAUGGCAUGGGUACGAUGACAUCAACCAUCGCAGUGUCUACUUUAUCUGAUGUUCCAUCUGCACCACCGAGACAGCUAAACAUCAACCCAAUCAAUGAAACUUCCAUUCGUGUAUCUUGGCUUCCACCAGCCACUGAAAGUCAGAAUGGUGUGCUCACUCAUUACACUGUGUACCAUAAACUCAGUGCUGAUGAUGACCAACCAAGUGCACUGGUUGUAAAUGCAACUAAACAAUGGACAGUAGUUGGUGGUUUGCUGCCAUACAAGAGAUACGAUGUGUGGGUGAGCUCUUCCACAAAUGUUGGUGAAGGUCCUCGUUCCACUGGUCAUGUGACCACAUUACAAUCAACUCCAUCAUCAGCACCUACCAAUGUCACGCUUGUUCCAAUCAACUCAACAGCUGUUCGGGUUCGAUGGUCACCUAUACCAGCUCAAUAUCAAAAUGGGAAUAUACGUGGAUAUCAAAUCGCAUACGCUGUAUCCGAUGUUAUAACUGGACGAACGCAAAUCAUUAAUGCGUAUCAAAAUAGAGAGAACAACAGAGAUAUUUUGGAAUACACAAUAGGCAAACUACGACCCAAAACCAGAUACUCAGUUUCGGUUUAUGCAUUCACUGUGAGAGGUACGGGGAUGGGAAGUGAACCGAAGUAUGUGGCAACCAUGGGUGAAGUUCCAGGCCCACCAAUAUUAGAUGUCCAACGAGCAAGUACCGGGAAAGCAAUAAUAAGAUGGAGGCCACCACUUGUAUCAAAGGGUGCAGUAACAAGAUAUGCUCUAAGAUACAGAUGUCAAGAAGAUGUUAAUACUUGUCCUUGGAUAACUCGUUUAUUUGGUCCAAAUGUUCAUGAAUAUUCACCUGAUGAUGUCAUCCCCGGAUGGUCGUAUCAAUUCAGAUUAUCUGCUUCAAAUGUUGAAGGUCCCGGUCCAGAAGUAAUCUCAACCAUCCAUCUUCAACCCAUUCGUCCAUCAGAUGCCCCGUAUAAUUUAUCUGCACGUACAGUGUUUGAUCGGCCUGGUUCAGAUGGUUCACCACCUCCAACACCUUAUGCACUUAAUAUAUCAUGGUCACCACUUGCCAAACAUCUAAGUAAUGGAAAGAUAAGCGAGUAUGCUUUAUACUGGAGCCCAUCAACGAUUGCUCGUUCGGAACCAAAAAGGUUGUCGACCAACCAAACAUAUUACUGGUUUAUUGAAGUUUUACCAAACCAAAAGUAUGAGUUCAAUGUUGCUGCUGUGAAUGCAGCAGGUGAAGGAGAUAAGAGUCCUGGUAUAAUUAUCACGGUCACACCCCCUCUACAUCCAACCAACCCCCGUCAACAUUCAAAUAUUUCUAUACAAGCUCUUAAAGUAGAUGAGAUUUCUAGCUCCACCGUAUGGUUGAGUUGGGAACCACCUAGUGGUGUGGAUGUUGACCAUUAUACUGUCUCUGUAAAGGAGGCAAACAGUGCAAAAGUUCUUCAACAAGAAUCAGCGGUUCCACAAACUUCCAUUCGAAACCUGCGCUCAAACAUUGCAUAUAACUUCACUGUUGUAUGGAUGGGUAGAAACAUUAAUGGUUACCCUUCAUGGUUGACUGCACGUACAUCACCACGACAACUAGAUAAAUCACCAUAUGUGCUGAAUGUUUCCGACCAAGGGACAGUGGAGGUUUUACUUAAUAGAGCUAUUAACUUUGCUACAGUUAAAAGAUACUCAGUUGUGGUGGUGCCCGUAGUUAAUGAUGAUGUCAUCAAUCCGAGUUCACUCAAUCAUGAAGUUCUGAUUCGAAAUUCAAUCUCUAUGAAAAAGCGAAGAAGAAAAAGACAGAUUGGUGUUGGAUUGCCAUACAUAACUGCUCAGUUUGAUUCCCUCAACAUUGAAGAAAUAUUUCUGGUUGGUGACGCAUUAAAUUAUGGUGGAUACAUCAACCAGAUGUUGGUUCGUGGUAGAAGUUACAGAAUCUUUGUACGAGCAAUGCUUAAAACUGCUUUUCUCUCCUUUACAUCAAGUCCGAUGUCUGAAGUUAUUUUCAUUCCAAACUCCCAACCAUCGAACCCUCCCACUGAGAGUCCGGUCACUACAGUUUCAUCUGACCAACUGUGGAUUAUUGGACCUAUCCUUGCAGCAGUUGUUAUUCUUGUCAUCGUGCUUAUUAUAUUAUACACAAGAAGGAAAAAUGCAAAGGGAAUUCCUAAAGUGAAAUACACCAAACCAGUUUCGAAACAUAUAACCAAUGAAAAGCGGAUUCAGCAUGAUCCUGUGGAAAUAAGGAGGCAGAAUUGCAAAACACCAGGUAUGAUGAGUCAUCCCCCCAUUUCUCUUCAACAAUUCCAACAUCAUGUUGAUCGACUGCGAGCAAAUGAUAAUUUAAAAUUCUCACAAGAAUAUGAGUCAAUUGAUCCUGGACAGCAGUUUAUCUGGGAGCAUUCAUCAUUGGAAGUUAACAAACCUAAGAACAGAUAUGCCAAUGUGAUUGCAUAUGAUCAUUCACGGUUGACUUUAUCACCCAUUGAUGGCGUUCCAGGAUCUGAUUAUAUUAAUGCAAACUAUAUUAGUGGUUAUAGACGACAAAAUGCAUACAUUGCCACCCAAGGCCCCAUGAGAGAAACAUUAAGUGAUUUUUGGCGAAUGGUUUGGGAGCAGAGGUCCACCAUUAUCGUGAUGAUGACUAAAUGUGAAGAGAGAUGUAAGGUGAAAUGUGAUCAGUAUUGGCCUAAUGAAGGAUAUGAGACUUACGGUUUGAUUGGUGUAACACUAGUUGAUGAAAUUGAACUUGCAACUUACUGUGUUCGUACUUUUACUAUUAUUAAGAAUGGAGUGAAUGAGCGUCGGGAAAUUAAACAUUUCCAAUUUACUGCAUGGCCCGACCAUGGUGUACCUGAACAUCCAACUCCUGUACUUCAUUUCAUGAGAAGAGUAAAAGCAUUUUAUCAACCUGAUGCUGGACCCAUUGUUGUUCAUUGCAGUGCUGGUGUGGGAAGAGCUGGUUGUUUUGUUUGUAUCGAUGCAAUGUUGGAUAGAAUGAAACAUGAAGAAUCUAUUGAUGUUUACGGACAAGUUACUUGCAUGAGAGCUGAAAGAAAUUACAUGGUACAGACAGAAGAUCAAUACAUCUUCAUACAUGAUGCGUUACUUGAAGCAAUUAAUAGUGGAAACACAGAACUACCAGCAAAAGAUUUGUUCAACCAUCUUCAUAAACUGACCACGCCCGACCAUGGCAACCCAGUAACUGGCAUGGAACUUGAAUUUAAACGAUUGGCAAGCAACAAAGCAUCAGCAUCACGAUUUGUUUCAGCAAAUCUACCUUGCAAUAAAUUCAAGAAUCGUCUUGUUAAUAUUCUUCCAUACGAGGGUACAAGGGUGUGUCUUCAACCAAUAAGAGGAGUGGAAGGCUCGGAUUAUAUUAACGCCAGCUUUAUUGAUGGAUACAGACAAAAAAGAGCUUACAUUGCCACGCAAGGUCCACUCCCUGAAACAACGGAUGACUUUUGGAGAAUGUUGUGGGAACAUAAUUCAACUAUCGUUGUUAUGUUGACCAAACUACGUGAACAAGGCCGGGACAAGUGUCAUCAGUAUUGGCCAGCUGAACGAUCUGCACGUUACCAAUACUUUGUGGUUGAUCCGAUGUCUGAAUACAGCAUGCAACAAUAUGUGUUACGGGAGUUUAAGGUGACCGAUGCAAGGGAUGGACAAUCACGGACUGUUCGACAAUUCCAGUUCACUGAUUGGCCAGAACAAGCCGUACCAAAGUCAGGAGAAGGUUUCAUUGAUUUCAUUGGUCAAGUUCAUAAAACUAAGGAGCAGUUUGGCCAAGAAGGACCGAUCACCAUCCACUGCAGUGCGGGGGUUGGAAGGACAGGAGUUUUUAUCACAUUAUCACUCGCUCUUGAAAGAAUGAGGUUUGAGAACUUAGUCGACAUGUUUCAGACUGUGAAGAUACUUCGCACACAACGACCAGCCAUGGUUCAAACUGAAGAUCAAUAUCAGUUCUGCUACAGAGCUGCUCUUGAAUAUCUUGGAUCAUUUGAUCAUUACACCAUGGCAUAGAUAUCACAACUAACUACUUAGAUAUCACAAGCAUUAAUACUAACGCCUAUAUGUAUUUUAAAUGUUGUUGUUUUUUCUGUUCAUAUUUUUUCCCCCUAUUACCUAUAUUGUUACUUCCAUAUGUCAGUAGUGCAAAAUAUUUGUUUAAACAAAGGAGCAAAUUUCAAGUUUGCUAAAGCUGCUUGGCUAUGGUACAUCAAAGAAUUAUGAAACUGGUUUAUAAAUUGUUUAACCAUUGUAAAAUACGCCAUAAUAGAAUUUGCUUUCUAGUGACCAAAAACUUAAUAUAAAGAAAGUCUUUGGUCUGAAAUAUUUUGACAACUCGGCUUUUAGUUAUUUUAUUCCAAAGUUGUAAAUAUAGUAAGCUGACCACCAUUUUGCUAAGUUUGUGGCCAAAGUAUUCAUUAUCAUUGACCUUGUGUUCAUGUUAUACAAGUAUUGCUUUGCCAAUAGUUUUAACUGUAUUCCCGAAUGCGAUGCAUCAUGUUUUAUUUCAUUAAAACUCUUAUUAAA